CUCCCCGCAAUCCCGUGCGACUGUGCUUAUUAGUCUUCUGCAUCAACCUCCCAUUGCUUAUGAAUGGGAUCGCUUGAUAAUUCAUUAAUCAUUCUAACCGACCUUCCUCCUUCGAUUGUUCUUCCAUUGUAGCUAUGGGUAUUCCGAUGUUCCGGGAGCCUUCCCCAACGGAAGACGCGAGAAACCACGCUGCCAAAGAUAGUUGCGCUGCCGCACGCUCUGCGAUCCGUCGUCAAGCCAGUGUUCGCCGCCCUUCGCGUUAUGGCUCUGUUCUGCGAAAUGCAACAUUGCGAACGAUUUCCCCCCGGUCAUUGUCGGAGGAGCUUGAGAUGGAGCUGGAUCGCACAAAUGGCCCGGGCCUGUCGCGUCGUAAUCGCUUGCCUAAUAUCGUUCGGGCAGUGGCAGUGGGAGAGGAUGUCGACCGCGCACGCGACCGCGAGGCGAUUGGCAUACAGCGUCAUGUUCGCUCUCCUCUUUCGAAUGCUGCCGCCGCUGAAGAUCCAUUCGAUCUCACUAGCGGGCUACUAGAUUCUAGCCGCAACGAAGCUGGCCAACGGCUGCUUAGUGACGCUCUUCGUCAUGGUCGUCCCGGUCAGCGCUUAAGGAUCCCGCGCAUCUCGGCCAUGGCCGACUUCCAGCGACGCGCUCCUCUCGGUGCGGAUACAAACAAUGGGCCGGACCCAGAUCAUCCCCAAUUCACACCUCGCUUUGCUCCUGCGGUCGCAUACCACAGAACUGCUUCCCCUCAAGCGCGCCGAGAUCCUCACCUGUCGCCCUUUCCCCUAUCCGACAGCUUGGGUCCAGAAUUGUCUGCUACCUUGGCUUUACCUUCCUUGCGACGUAUGGGUCAGCGCUCAAUCAAUGACGCGAACCGUGCAAACCAAGAAUCGGCUAUCGAUGGUUUAGGCGAUCGUCAAAGAAGCCUCAGCCCAGAUGAAGACCACGCCAAUGAUGCGUGGGAGACACUUUUGACAACGAUCACGCCUGAUACCAAUCUUCCUAGUGCUGACUCAUCAUUCAAUUCAGCGUCUGCGUCCGGAACGAGUGCUCCUGUGACUGUGAACGGGGCAUUGAGGAGCUCUGCUACCGCACUGCAGCUAGCUCCAAAUACUAUGUACUCGGGUCCUGGCCCAAUGGAGGUAGUUCUUGACCCAUAUCCAGAAUACUUGAAUCCAUGUGACUUCCCAGCGAGUGCUCUUGAUUCCGAAAGCGAUUCGGACUCUGAGACUUCUCAAAACCCACUGUUUCGGCGUUACCGCGCUGUUCGCCAAAUGGAGUCUGUGAGGCGAGCCGUGGACUUUCAAGGGGCUAUGGCACGUUCUCAGGGAACUGCAAGACGGGCACCUGAAGUUCAGUCGACUAUGAGCAGUCAACCCACUGUAUCAUUUGCCUUCUCCGAUUCUUCUACUGACGCCGAUUUGCAUCAGUUCCAAGCCGUGCUGGACCGUCUGACACGUCGGCAAGAUCUUCCUGAUGACUUUUGGGCGUCCGUCGGAUUGUCUCGCACCCUCGCUCAACGUGAAAAUGACGAGACUCACGAUGCCGAUACGGUAGACGGACCACUACGCCCAAAUUGAACAGCAAUCCACUUGACCUUCUCUCUUAUGUUUGUUUUGGUUCUGGGUUUUGAUAGACAGUGCUCGUUAUGCGUCACUCGAGAUACCGGGAAACGCGCCUCAAGGUUUGAGGUUUUACUUAGCGGAAUGAUGGUUCGUUUGGCGUUCAGCGGUGUGGUCUUGAUAUCUUUCCAUCGACGGCGGCGGGCACCACCUGAUGCGGAAAUAAUUUUCUCCAUACAUAUUUUCUGUUUUCUCUGUACUGAUAUCUGAAAUUUCUUUC